GCCAAGCAGUGGGCAGUUUUAAAUCACGCGAGUUUGAGCGCGGGAGUGAGAGUUGGUCGAUCCUCUCUCGUUUCUCUUCCGCAGCGUUCGCGAUGCCUUCCGGUUGGUGCGUGUUCGUGUUCCUCUUCUGCCUGUCGGUACGCGGACUCGCCGGGAACGUCACCGAUAUCCUGGAACAAACACAUGCGGAAAACGCGUUGGCGAAGCUCGUGAAAAUGUUCUCCAAACCGGGCGCGUUUAAACGAAUCGAUGCGAUUCUCGGCGAGAAUUUCAUCGAGACGUCCUUCACGAGCUGUCCCACGGGCGAAGAAGGCCUGGAGUGCCGAAGGGCGGAGGCUCGCCGAUCGGCCGACUGUCCGCGAGGUGACUGCUUCUGCAACAACUGCGCCGUCGUCGGGCCGGAUUUGUGGGCUUCCUGUUGCCGCGAGAGCCUUAGAUGUUGCUCUCAUCUCGCGGCGGCCUGCCGGACGUGCGAUCACCCGACGCUGUAUCCGUUCUGUGCCAAGCACUUCAAAAAAUGCCUGGCGCAGUACAACGAGAAGAAGCAGAAUUAGCGGGCCGGAUCGAGAACUCGACUGUGAUAAUCGGUUUGCCAAAAUGUUGGUUCACCACGACCGAUGAUAAUGUUACGAAAGCACCUGUAUCGCCGUCGAUCCCAAAGACGGACUUGGGAGGAGAUGAGAGCAUUUUCUCUGAUUACACGCGCACAGGAAGGAAAAUUACAUUCCUCAUUAUUUCAUUGAAUUAUCAUAUCAUUGUUAUUAAGGGGAAAUCAUUUAUUCCUGUUUCUCAUUCUCGAAAUCUAAUGGUGACUCUCAUCAAACUCUGAUCAGGUUGAUGGAUAAUAAUUGCCAACAUCAAUUUCCGGUUCUAAGUUGUCGUUCAAUAAUAAUUGAAAAAUGAAUCUCCAUUUAUGUUAGUCAGACAGAGCGGAUAAUAUAUGACUGACAAGUUUAAUCGAAGUUUGGUGAAAGUCAAUCUAAAGCUUACGUACGCUUAGGUCCGUGUUAAUUGUAGUCGUUACAUGAAACUCGUCCCACGUGAGACAUGCAGAUUUGAAUUUAAUUCGAUUUGAGUUUCUUUUUACCUGUUUUUUACGCCUAAGGCAAGUUUCAAAUAAUAACUGUCGAUACGGAUGUUGAACAUAUAUCUAUCUCGAGAUUGUUUAAAUGUGAAUUUUUAUUCGAUCUAUUCAAAAUUUUGAAACAGUAGGAUAGACGGUUUUCGUCUUCCUAAACUGGACAAAUGUCGCACUGUACGAUCGUCUUCUACUGUCAGGGUUUAAUUGUAACCACGCCAACAAAUGCAAUCAGCAGCGUCUUUUAUAACGAAGCAAAUCUACGAGCGUAUAAGUUCGUACUAAUAUUUUAUUUCAUUUUUCUUAUAUCGACAAAAUACCGGAUGACUGACGAAACCUAUCGACAAAAAUCUCGCUGAUGCAUUUUAGAUGCGUGUAACGAAAAUGUUGAUUACUCACAAAAGAUAAAUAAACAUCACCUCUUAAUACAA